AACAACGCAGCUGUUUGGCUAUUGCUGCUAUAAAAAGGCGCGAAAAUAAUUCAUUACCAAGCCAGAAUUUAGUUUCACUAAUUAAUUAAUUAAUCAAUCUGCAAAUUAAUUAAAAAUGUCUAGCAAAUAGUCCUAAUUACUUAAAUAUUCACUAGGUGGUGCAUUUAAAAAUAAAGUGUCACAUUAAUUACAAAUAAUAUUUAUAAGUUGUCCUGUUGUUGAAGAUCAAGACCCAAUAAGUAAAUUAAACCAUGGAUUUAAUGAACAAUUAUUUGGAUACUCUUGCUGGGUACAUUAAUGAUGAAGACAAGCUGGUUACGUAUAAAUGGCUGAGCAAAGAGCUAGAAGUCCAUGUAAAUUUAUCUAAACAAAUUCUGGAAGAGUAUUGGAGUAAAAACAAAUCAAGUGAUCAACUUGUAGCCACAAUAAUGAUAAUAGGUCACACCAAAGACGGAGGUAUGCGUGUUGAAGUUGUCAAGGAAUCAGACUUUGGUGUCGCUGCUGAUAAGUAUGACAGAAUAAUAUCCCAGCAUUUGUACAGCUUACAGAAGUCUCUGCCAGACAUUCAAUUGCUGGCUGAGGCAGGUCAAGGUGACACUAAAUUUUCAGCCAUUACUUGCGAGAAUGCUGUUUUAUUGAGCGACGAAGAAUUAUUUAAGCGGAGAUGGGGCUCUGAUAAAACCUACAUGGCAUCAACUGCUGCUGCUGCUGUCACUGCGGAACGUAAGCCUGUUGAGACGAAGAAAAAUAUUUUUAGUAAUUUUACUAAGUCUAGUGAUAAAGUCAGUGAUAGCAAGACUACUAAUAAGAGUAACGAUGACAAUGGAGUAAGUAAUGGAGCUCAUAGUAGCAAUGAUGUCAAAGAAGACAAAGUUGAAGCUAAAAAAGUGUCACCAGUUAAAAGUAAACCCGCUGAAACAAAGAAAGGCGCUUCUAAGAAACCUGUACAGUCUCAGAAAACUGGGCUAAGCAAUUUGUUUGGUAAAGUUGCUGUUGCUAAUUCUAAAAAGUCACCACCAAAUAAAAAUAAAGAUUCUGCUGAUAAAAAUAAUGACAAUAAAAGUAAUGGAGUUGAAGAAAGUCCAAUGGAAGUUGAUGAAAGUCCUAAAAUAAUUGAGAGUAAUGGAGUAUCUGCAAGUAAAUCAAAUUUAAAACCCAAAGAUUCGGGUUCUACUUCUAAUUCAGCUUCGGACAAUAAGAGCAGUAACGAAAAAUCGAGUCAGAAGAGUAAUGGUGAUAUUAAAGCUAAAAAUAAAACCAAACAAAAUCGCGGCAGCAAACGUAAUAGGAGCAGAGACUCCAGUAAGGAGGAUACCAAAAAAAGAAAACGUAUCUUCUUGGUGUCGGAUUCGAGCGAUGAAUCAGCUGCCAGUGAUCCUGAGCCCGAUUUAUUUGAUGACCCGCCUCCUGAAGAAGCUGUGGUGGUAAAAGAAAAAUCACCGUCACCACCACCAGCUAAACAGGUCGAAGGUAAACGCAAAGUGCGUAAAGCUGUCGAUAAAACUUUUAUGGACGAGGACGGCUACCUCGUUACUAAGAAAACUUUUGUCUACGAGAGCGCUUCCGAUGAAGAGCCACCAACACCAGCGGCAAUUAAAGAAGUUGAGGUGAAGAAAGCUACAGCCGCUCAGAUCAAAAAACAAAACAAACAGACUUCUAUUAUGAGCUUUUUCAAAAAAGCUUAAUUGUACUUUUUUUUUUUUUUUUUAAUUAUGUUAUUACUUUAGUAUAAUGUUUAAGUAAUUACUAAUUAGUUUAUUGAGUUAGUAAUUAACAUUAUUGAUAAUUAAUUAUUUUUUCUGAUUGUUUGGAUGUUUUUUAGUACAAAGUUUAAAUGACGUGCCUCUGUAAUUUUUAAAUAUUUC